ACCAGGGCUCCAGGUGAAGUCUCUCAUCAACAGGAUCACACAGCAACCAUGAGGUCUCUGGUCUUCGUUCUGCUCAUCGGAGCUGCUUUUGCCACGGAGGACGACAAGAUCGUCGGAGGGUAUGAGUGCAAGCCCUACUCCCAGCCCCAUCAGGUGUCUCUGAACUCUGGCUACCACUUCUGUGGUGGCUCCCUGGUCAACGAGAACUGGGUGGUGUCUGCUGCUCACUGCUACAAGUCCCGCGUGGAGGUGCGUCUUGGAGAGCACAACCUCAGAGUCACCGAGGGCAAAGAGCAGUUCAUCAGGUCCUCCCGUGUCAUCCGCCACCCUGAGUACAGCUCCUACAACAUCAACAAUGACAUCAUGCUGAUCAAGCUGAGCGAGCCCGCCACCCUCAACCAGUACGUGCAGCCUGUGGCUCUGCCCACCAGCUGUGCUCCUGCUGGCACCAUGUGCAAAGUCUCCGGCUGGGGCAACACCAUGAGCUCCACUGCUGACAAGAACAAGCUGCAGUGCCUGGACAUCCCCAUCCUGUCCUUCGAGGACUGUGAUAACUCCUACCCUGGCAUGAUCACUGAUGCCAUGUUCUGCGCUGGAUACCUGGAGGGAGGCAAGGACUCUUGCCAGGGUGACUCUGGUGGCCCCGUCGUGUGCAACGGUGAGCUGCAGGGUGUUGUGUCCUGGGGCUACGGAUGUGCUGAGAAGGACCACCCUGGUGUCUACGCCAAGGUCUGCCUCUUCAACGACUGGCUGGAGCGCACCAUGGCCAAGUAUUAAGUCUGAUCUUGCGAUCACCAUCAUACUGUGCCGCCUUUCUGCUAUCAAUCUAACUUCAGUAUUGUUGUAGAGUUUUUAGCAGUGGCACUGUUUUACAUUUGAGUCAAUAAAGUCUUACAUCUUGACUUUUAAA